UAUACUAAAGCCUGAGCCAACGCCCCGCGCACUCACUCUUUCCUUUCGCAGUAACCGAGGCGCGCGCUCGCAGGAAGUUCAUGAAGAAGCUGAAAGCUGCGUCAGAGUUCGCGGAUUGAAUCAAUAACUACUCUUUCAUUUUCACGCUUUCAACGUUUCAACGUUCACUGUUUGCUUAUACGGACACUAGGCUUCCUAAGAAGGCGUUAUUUCAUAGGAAUAACAGUUUCAUCUGCAGAAUGGCAGAAACUGAGGAGAGUCCGUUCGGAGGCUGUUUGGAGAAACUGAAGAAUUAUGUGCGAACUCGGAAAGGAACGAUACUGGCUGCUGAAAUACUCAUCAGUUUCAUCAUCCUGAUCUGUUACGCCGCAUCGUCGUAUGGAGGGUAUACUGCUGUCGCCAUCUGCGAGAUGGUCUUUGCCAUCAUCUUCUUCAUUGUCUUCAUGUUGGAGCUGAACAAACAGUUCGUGGUGGUCAACUGGCUCUGGAGCGAUCUGUUCCGCGCUGCAGUCGGUGCAGCGCUUUAUCUCAUCACCUCUCUCAUCUGUGUGAUUGGUGGAACUGGGGAUGGGGCUCGCAUCGCUGGUGGGGUGUUCGGUCUACUGGCUGGGAUCUUGUUUGCUUAUGAUUCCUACACAAUCUUCUUGGAACUCAAGAGCAGCAGACAGCAUGCAGCUGCUACCACAGGUCGCUGAAGGCUUCUGUGGGAUGUUUACAACUGACAUUUGGCAUUUGAGCCAAACAGUUAUAGACGCCAGUGGCAACACUGGUUUCUAACCUAAAGCUAUGCCGUUUUACAUGUCCGCUCUUCGUUUCGUGUAUAACUAUAACAACUUAACCUAACUAACUAUUCCCCAGUUAUUUAUUUUGCGUCUCCCUUUUUGUUUUCUCUUUGCUUUCUUAACAGAUGACGCAGUUUGAAAGCUACUUUCCUCACUACAACAUUAACAGCAAACCAAAACAUGGAGAACGAUUCUAAAAAUGGCAAAAGAAGGGAAUUCCUGAGAGUUAUCGCAAAGUUACCAUGACAGAUGAAGACCAGAGGAAUGCAAAAGGGUUGGAAGCAUUGCACAGCACAAAAGGGAACUGUAAGAUUAAUGAACAGCUGUUAAAGAAGCCACAAUUUAUGAAGCAACAGAAAGCUGUUGGCAUCCAAAGAGUCAGUACUAUCGUUCUGGUUAGGAGGCUUUUGUUACCACAAAUAGUUUGUCAGAUUGGUUGGUUACUAUUACAAUUUAGUAUGAGAUGGGGCUAAUAAACAUGUCAGAUAAAACUGCCUGCUGCAAAACUAUUAUCAAAAGAGUCGUCUUCCAAUUCUUUACUAGAGAAAGGUCCAGUGAAGUCAUUUUAUUAUUAUUAUUAUUAUUAUUAUUACGUUGUGUUGGAAAACUGGAUCCAAUUCAGUCUGGUGCUGUUGUGUUUUUUUGUUUUUCUUUUUUAUCUGAAGAAACAUUAAAGCUUAAGCUUUUUAUGGUGUAAAACUUCACCAUAUCUUGUAAUUCUUGUGGGUUUUUUUGUCUAAAAUAAGUUAAUUGUCUUAUAAUAAUUAUAAUAUAAUAAUAAUAAGUUAGUUUUUAGUGAUUUCAAACAGGAUUUGUAUCAGUAACAUGCUCAGGUGCAUCCAGUCUAGAAAAAAUCAGUUUUCAGUCAAUUUAAAGGGAUUUUCUAAUUGAAAAGGACCCUAAUAUCUUCUAAGGUGGUACAAAUUUUUACUUUAACAAGUAUUAGGGGUGUAACAAUAUAUCGUAUCACAACAUAUAACAAUGCAACAAUAUGUAUCGAAGUAACCUGGUUGCCUUAAAAUUUUAAGUUGAUUGAACUGGAAAAAGUGAGUUAAUACAAUGAAGGAGAUUGAUUUAAUCAUCAGAAACUUAAAAUAUUAAGUUAUCUGAACUAAAUAAAUUAUUUAAGUCGAUUUGACAAAAGAAAAAAUGUUGUGAUAACAAAUCUUAAAAAAUAUUUUUUUUUACAGUGUGAGGGUAACGUUACACCCCUAGUUUGUCGAAUAUGUUCAUUUUUAUUCAUCUUUCUUACAUUUUGACAUUUAACUGGUUACCUCAAAGGUUGCUCACUAUCUCAAUGCCACAAGUGUUCUCUUUUUAAUUCUAAUAAUAAACCGAUUCCAUUCAACCCUAUUGAUGUAAGAAAUACUAAAACAGCUUUCACAGUUUGUCAUCAUUUUCAGGAAAUAAUAAGAAAUGAUUGUUUUUGACGUGCCUUGAAAGAGAUCAUUGAGGAGUAUUUGGACUGCCAGCUUUUUCAGUGCUUCUAUGUAGUUGGUCGUCUUCAUGCUUAGAUAAGCAGCACUUCUGAAACAGGAAACUGUCAUUCUCACCUAACACCUGAUUGUUGUAAUGGCAUAUGCACAACAGUUAUAUUACUGUAAACAAGGAGUUUGUCUAAGUCAGAGAUUCAUGAAUCUUCCAUUUUUGUAAAACCAUAAUCUAGAGUGUAAGCAAGUGUUUUAUCUUUACCAUUUAUAGCAUGUAUCAAGUGUUGUAACCAUUUUAAUUUAUAAAUUUGGAUUUAUGAAGACUGUUUGCCUGUUUCCUCUCAUGUCUAUUUGUUUUUUUGCAGCCUCAGCUCUGACUGCCUGACAGCAUUUAUUUGUGAGAUGGUCAGAAAUGCCAUCAGUUUUGUAAAAAAAAAAAAAAAAAAAAAAGAUUAACUCAGGAUGUUCUGCUCUUUUAAAACGUAUUUUUAGACCUUUUUUCUUCGCAUGUUUUUUGUUCCCGGAAUAAAUAAUUCUGCAGGAUUAAAGUCUCUGUAUAAAUUGGUGUUGCUGGUAUUUUUGGAGUUUUUAACAUUCAAUAAAAGGCUGUUAUAACGUA